UUUGCUUUCAUUGUUGAAAUAGCAGUCGCUCGGAGCAGUUCAUUCAAGUUGUUCAGUGAUUGCCUUAAAGUAGCACAUCCGCCACUCUCUCUCUCUCUCUCUCUCCGCCCGCCCGCUCGCCGUCGCUCAUUCGCUCGCAACGAAACUUCCAGACGGACCAUCUCCGACCCCAGCAAGCAAGUGUGUGCGUGUGCACGAGGAAUAAACGCGUGAAAAUCCCGUCAGCUCCCCCCGCCCCAUAAAGCACGGUUAGUAGUGUGCUUGUGGUACCACCAACGCCAACGCCACCAGGAAAAUCCAGCCGCGCUAAGCGAAGCGUUACUUUUCUUCACUUGUGUCUAUUUUGUUUAUCGUAUGUCCAUCCAGAAUCUUAAUACAUUUGACCCAUUUGCUGAUGCAAUAAAGGGUGCAGACUACGAUGUGCAGGACGGUCUCGUGCACAUAAGAAUUCAGCAGAGAAAUGGUCGCAAAACGCUAACCACUGUCCAGGGAUUGUCUGCCGAGUACGACCUGAAGAAGAUCGUGCGAGCAUGUAAGAAGGAAUUCGCAUGCAAUGGCACAGUAAUUGAGCAUCCUGAGUACGGCGAGGUACUACAGCUGCAGGGUGACCAGCGGGAGAACAUUUGCCAGUGGUUAACCAAGUCCGGUCUCGCGAAGCCGGAACAGCUGAAGGUGCACGGUUUCUAAGCCAAGCACCCUACGCGCCCACCACCAGCAUCAAAAUCAUCAUCAUUACUACCGCGCCACCGCGUGUACGUGUGUUGUGGCGCUUAGGAGGAAGUGUGUGAGUGUGUGAAACAAUAGCUCUUACCCAGCGAGAAUAGGCAGGAAGUGUUGUGAAGUAAGGCGUUUUAGAGCGAAGGGAAAUUCAGGAAGGAAUUAGUGCUUUUUACAGAGUCAUCAAUCCUAGCCAUCGGCGCACUUAUUUUGCAAACUCACUGGAGAAAGCAUCCGUCUACUCGGCGCGUUUCCCCAGUGCAAUCAAUAGUUACACUAUCCUCGGCACCUCCGGAGUGUGUGCAUUGCUUCACCAUUCAACAUCCGUGGGCCCACCAGCGCGUACCCCCCCAAUCUACCCCCGCUUGAAUGAUUGUAAAUUCUCUCACCACAGAUUCUCAACCCGUUUUCUCCUACCACAUGCUCUCGGUAUUGAUCGGUUAAUUGGAUUUAAAUAAGCAGCUUCUUUUAUAUCGUUGUCGUCGCACAUCACGCACAUCUUUUUCUCUCUGGUUCAUAUUGCUUCUCGCAAUGCUUGUUGGGUGCGUAAUUGUGAGUGUAAAAUAUCCCUAAUAACUCUCAUCUCUUCUCCGAAUGAUGGAGUAUUUUUGUUUCUGAUGAAAGAUCCCAAACGUAGGAGCGCCGUCUCCGUUCCUUCGUGCUGCAGCUGGACCGGUGUCCCGCAAAGGGUGCUAACCGCGCAGCGGUUGGCCACCCCGAACGGGCAUGGGCACUCUGCAGCAGCUGCUGUAAGUCCUCCGCAGUGAUGAUGGAGACUUAAAGCGGCAGCCCUACAACAGGGACAAAGGGAGGAGAGAGAGAGAGUUAGAGCGAGCGAGCAAGAGAGGGAGAGAGAGAGGGGUGUAUGUGUGUGUGUGCGUUCGAGGCGCGCGCGUGCCCUCGGGCCAAUGAGUCCGCCGCGUCCGACGAAACACAUUUAACAUCCAACAAAAAGGGCUAAUUAUUGAACGUUAACGACAGACGGGCGCGCGCGGUUUGUGAUGUGUGCGUGUAUGCGCAUCCGGUUUAACAGCAAACACAGCCGCAGCAACAAUAACAGCAACAACAGCAUCAGCAACCAGAGCAUCAGGCCUUCUUUUCCGGCAAGGAAAACACUGUCUUCAGGAGUUUGCAGCGUUAUACACUUUUGUCAUCUUAGAUCGAAAUAAUAAUGUAAAGCAAACAGAUUAAACGAAAAAACAUUAAAAAAAACAAAACAUAGCCAAAUCCAGAAGAUAAAA